AUGGCAAGUAAAGCUAGUUUAGAAUCGUUGGCUAACGAAUUGUUACUUGAUUUAUUUGAGUUUCUGAGCACUGUUCAUGUUUUUCAUGCAUUUUUUGGGCUCAAUACACGUUUUGAUACUCUGCUUCUCAACCGUUUUUCUGCAUAUCGUCUGGAUUUUCGAUCUAUAUCAAAAACCGAUUUUGAUGCGAUUUGUCGAAAUCAUCUUCCGUCGAUUAUUGAUCGAGUAAUCUCGCUGAGAUUAUCAGACAACAAUUAUACCCCACAUCAAACUAAUCUUUUCUUCACUCAUGGUUUUCUUCUUCGUCAAUUUUCAUCUUUACGAUCAAUUUCUUUGUGUCAUCUUCGUUCUGAAAAGAUCCUAAAUAGCAUAGUUGUUGAACUAUGUCACCUUCCAUAUCUUAUUCAUCUCAACUUCAAUGCAUGCUUUAUUUCAUCCGAUCAAGAUAAUGCUGGACGUAUUGUUAAUCAUAUUUGGAAUCUACCAAAAUUAACGCAUUGCCAUUUAGGUAUCAAUUAUGCUUAUGAGGGAUACGUUCCUGCUCCUUCAGUUACCUCGGUAUCUCUCGAAUAUCUUACUGUUGAAUAUGCUGAUUGUAACCUGAAUGAAUUCGAUCAUCUGUUGCAAUACACACCUCGCCUUCGAUAUCUGUCAAUUAAACUUGAUGAUAGAACGAGUGAUUCAGAGCUCAUAUCUUCGAAUAUAGCAAUUACUAAAAUAAAUCUUUCACUGAAAAGCUCAAUAAAUCUAUUGCAGAACCUUUUUCAACAUCUACUCAAUUUAUGUCACUUGAAAAUCGAAACAUGGGAUAUAUCUAUUAGUGGAUCCCAAUGGGAACGAAUAAUUACUACAUAUUUACCAAAACUUAAAAUAUUUCAAUUAAAAAUGAGAAAUGAAGUUCGUGAUAAUGAACCACUAGAGAAUCAAAUAAAUGAAUUACUUGAUUCAUUUCGAACUCGAUUUUGGCUUGUUGAACAUAAAUGGUUUGUUCGAUGUUAUGGACAAUCACAAAAUGAUAUUAAUUACAGUUUUCUAUAUACUCUACCCUAUGCUUUCAAACAUUUUUAUGCUCAUAGUCCUUAUAUUUCAUUGAAAUCGACUGCUCCUAGUGAUAAUGAUUAUUGGGCAUAUGAUUGUGUGAAUUAUCUGAGUUAUGAGCCUCACCUGUUUGCAGACCUAGCUAUGUCUCAAAUUCAUUUUCCUAAUAUCCAUAAACUUUCUAUAUCGCUUCCGUUUGAUGAUCGAUUUUUAACAAUUAUCUCAAAAUUCGACCAUCUGCUAUCAAUGUAUGUGAAAGUUGAGGAUGAUAAUGAUAGUGUGAUACCACAGUUACAACUCUUACUCGAUCAAGCACCACGUCUACAUUCAUUAGUUUUUGGUCCCUGGAUGACAUCAUUUUCACAAGUACCACCAAUCGAAAAUACAAGUGCAUCGGUUUAUGAAUUGAAUUUGCAGGGAUAUGCCGAUCGUGAUCAUUUGCGUUGCUUCGACGCUCAUCAAUGUACUACGCUAAGUCGUUCACCACUAGGUGUUCAAUGUAAAAUGCUUCACAUUAAAGUCCUUAAUCGAACAAAUAUACUUUAUCUUGUAAAUACGAUGUCAAAUCUUCAAGCUUUGAAUGUUCACUGUGAAGAUGAUAAUUGGAACGAGGAAGAGGAUCUUUCGACAGAAGAUGAACUUCUAGAAUGGUUGAGACAGCAUUUACCAUCAACAUGCACAAUCACCAGAGAUACAUAUUACGUUCAUGAUAUUCUAUUGUGGAUUCGUUAA